UCACCUUGUGCCUCAAUUUCAUUUUUUUCUUUUGUUUCUUUAAAUUUCACAUAUAUAGAUAGAGAGAGCGUAGGCUGGGAGGAAGGAAGAUAAGGGUGUUGCAGGUCAACCAUUUUCUAGGUUUUUCGUUUCAGAGCUGCAUUUACUACUACUUAGCCUAUUUGGUGAUCAACUUUGCAGAACUACUGGGGCAGAAGAGGCCUUUAGGAAGAGAGAAGCUAUUAAGUUGAAAGUUGCUGAACUUGCCAAAAUUCAACCCGAGCAAUGGAGGUAUAUGACAAAUCCAUGGUAUCAGGUCAUGGCAACGUUAUUUUUCUGUCCACUAUUCUGGGCAGGGAUGGGCCAAUUCCUGCACACAAAUGCGAUUGGAAAUGUAAAAAUGAACAUGUGUGUGGGAAUAUGUAUCUCUGCAAACUAACUGGUCUCACUCAUAUCUGCGACCAGAACUGUAAUCAGAGAAUUUUGUACGAUAACCAUAGUUCUCUUUGCCGAGCAAGCGGUCAAAUUUUCCCCCUUUCGCCAGCUGAGGAGCAGGCAAUAAGAGGGGUUCGCAGGAAGAUUGAUGCUGACAAUUCCACCUCCGAGAGCUGUGCUUUUAAGCGCAGGCGGGAUGCCCAGAUUCAUCCUUUUGCUUUUGAGAGAUCUUUCUCCACUGUCAGUCCAAUCUGUAGCCAAGUUGGGGAUGGCAUGGAUAUGAACUAGAUAUAUCUCUCCUAUAAUUUGAAAUGACUCAUCCUCAUUUUGAUGUUCCUUUGAAAUUUUCCCUGUUUCCUGGAAAAAGUAUGGAUAAAAACUCGAUGUGGGCACAUUAAUGGUUAACCUAAUGUGCCCUCCUGUCUGUCAGAACUUAAUAUUUCCUUUAAUGUUUAAUGUUAUUUAGCUCUUACCUUAGCAUAAUUUGGCUUUCAGUAGGAUAUUAAGUAGCCCCUAUUUUUUUUAUGAAAUUUCAAUUGGAUUUACUUUAAUCUAGUCUUAAAGUUCAUUUUUGAACUUUAAUAUCAAAUGAUGCUUUCAGGUCAUGAGUCAUGAAUAUGAUGCAUUUGUAGUAAUAAUUUUUAGUGAUGUAAUUAUUUCAUUAAUUGACUUCUUUACUACCUCAUUGUGGUUUGCUAUUGCAAGUAUGCUUUUUCAAUGCGUAUUUUAUUUGUAGAAUAUGUGAUGAUUUAUUUGUUAUACUAAUUGUUUUUGUUCUUUGCUUUCAGUCAUACUGUUUUAUCAUUAUGCUUUCUUGUAUUUGUCUUUAUACAUUAUUUCUCCAUGCAAUUUUCUGGGGCCCUCGAUUGUUGAUGGCUUUUAUUUUUUUCAUUUAUUGGCUAUGUGGCACAGGGUUAUUUGAAGUUCUUCAACUGGGGGCCUUUUUAUUUUGAUACCUCCUAUCUGGUAGAAUGUUAACAUUGUCUUUUUUGCUUUGCUUUUGUUCCGUUUAUUACAGGUUGAAGAGGAAUAGUAGCCAUCUAUUACUUUUGCCUUUUGUGUUGUUUGCUCUAUUUUCAUUUUUUCCUGAGUUCAUUUUCCUGAAAUGUGUUAUUUUUGCAGGGAUCGAAGUGUGCGCAAUUCAGCAGGAUUUUAACAUGCUUUAUGCAAUGAUGAAUAGACGUUUAUGUCUUAUGAUGUUUUUGAAAUAAUAAGACUUGUCUAUUCUUCUCUAAUGUUUUCAAUUUUCUUCUUUCUUGCAGUGAAUAAAAUGAUGAUGCAUAGAAUGAUGGAAUAUUCAAAAUUGUGUUGAUGAAUCAAGGAAAAAUGGAGCAUGUUGUUUCACCUUUCUUCUAUUGAGGAAGUACCUAGAAAUGAUAAAUGUUAGAGGUGUUUCAAGGUCAAAAUCCCUAGUCUUCCAAUGAUGUUGGGCAGGAGGUAACAAUGGCCCUAAGAGCCAAAAGUCGUUGGUAUCUUUUUUGUUGGAUUAAUUGUAAAGCAAAGAUAAGCUUUUGUGAUGUAUUUUAGCCACGUAAAGCAUUCUCAUGUAGCUUAUUUUUUCUGAGAUGAACUUUAAUUGGUGAGAUCACUGAAAGUGUCAACUAUAACUCAAUGAUGAUCUUCCAGUUCAGAUGGUGAUCCCCUAUUGUAAUCUUAAACAAAGGUGUUUAAUUAAACCUUAUUGCAGGCCAUGUUUGUUAGCUGCCA